CAAAGCCAAAACGCGUUACAGAAACAAAAAUAAAGGUAGAAAAAAAAAUACGAAAAUGAAACUUUUUUUUUUUUUAGAUAAACAGGACUGCGUGGGGGAAUUGUGAGUAAUUCGUUAAAAUUGUCUUUAUUUAAAAUACACAGUGAGUAUAAAGCAACUUGGAGUUUCUUUGUAUGUAAAUAGGGAGUAGAAAAGGCCCUCCCAGUCUUUGUAAUUAAUUGACACGUUAUACCACUCAUCAUACGCUGAAGCACCAAUGGUAGAUGCUCGGAUCUCCCCAAAACCCACAAUUUCACAUCUGCAAACACUGUCUUCAUCCACUUGACUCCUAAGACCCGCCCACACGUGGCCAACCUUUCGCGUGUUUUAAUGCUUUUUCACUGCAGGUUCAUGUGUGGAGACCAACCUUAUAUGGUCGGAUCGGACAAGGUAAUGGCUUAUUUGCCUCCUGCACCCAGCACCAGCACUGUAUCCAUGAGCCGCGCAUAUAGCACUUGAGCCACUUUGGCAUCCCUCUCUGGACUCACUGAGACCGAACCGAUGCUCGCCCACAGCGGCUCUUCUCCUCCAUAGGCUCGACUUUCCCCACUCCUAUCAGCUCAGCUUCUCCUUUUUUCCCUUGUGUGUGUCUCCUAAAACAGCGGAUUGACCGACAGGAAGGUGCUGGUGCUGCAACUUUUUUGGUCGCCCCCCACCAGAAUAUGUCGUUGACCAACACAAAGACGGGCUUCUCUGUUAAGGACAUUUUGGACCUUCCGGACACGAAUGACGAAGAGGGAUCUAUCACCGGAGCGGAGGAGGACACGGAAGGCUCGGAGAGCACGUCCACGACGAAAAGCACUGGAGUUUUGGUGAAAAGUCCCCUGGAAAAUGUGCAGAACCUGCCUUUAAAGAACCCGUUUUAUGACACUAGUGACAAUCCGUACACGCGAUGGCUCGCCACCACGGACAGUAUUCAAUAUUCAUUGUUCCUCCCGUUUCUCGCCGCCGCAGUGCACGGCCUCUCCGCCGGCUCCCAGGACUCGGCUAAAUCCCCAGAGCCGUCCGCGGACGACGAGUCACCGGACAACGACAAGGAGACGUCCAGCAGCGGAGGCAGCGACUCGGGCAAGAAGCGCAAGAGGCGGGUGUUGUUUUCCAAGGCGCAGACCUACGAGCUGGAACGCCGCUUCCGACAGCAAAGGUACCUGUCGGCCCCGGAGAGGGAGCACCUGGCCAGCUUGAUCCGCCUCACCCCGACUCAAGUCAAGAUCUGGUUCCAAAACCACCGGUAUAAGAUGAAGCGAGCGCGGGCCGAGAAAGGUAUGGAAGUCAGCCACCUCCCUUCUCCCAGGCGAGUGGCCGUGCCCGUCUUAGUGAGGGACGGGAAGCCUUGUCACACCCUUAAAGCUCAGGACUUGGCGGCCACUUUUCAGGCCGGGAUCCCCUUCACAGCGUACGGCGCGCAGUCGCUCCAGCACAUGCAGUAUAACGCUCAGUACGGCGCCACGGCCACGCCACAUUUCCCCACGGCGCACCACUUGGUGCAAACGCAACAGUGGACUUGGUAAGGGACGCGGUAGAGACUCGAGACUCGUCUUUGGGAAGGCACACUAGGCGCUUUCGAUACACACGCAAAGAGAAGGGGAAAGCCCCACGCAAACCCACAUACGAAAGACUUCAUUAUGUUCUGCAGUAUACACAGUACAUAGUACCGUUUUUAUCCGGGGCUCAUGUGUGCACCGUGUUUACAUGUUUUCGUUAAGAGAACUGGCUCCAAUCACCCUUGCCCCUUAUAGAUUUUAUCGAGAAUGUCAAUGCUCUUCUUGUGAACUUUUUUUUGUAAAAGUAUGUUGUGUGUUGGUUGUAGAUAUAUUUUCUUCCCCUCUCUUACCCUCGUGUUAUUAUCAGCACGUGCGAACCACUUUAUAAUUAUAGAAAUGUUAAUUUCUUGCUUCUUUUAUGGACCGAAAAAUAUUUAUGGCCAUGAAUAAACACUGGCAACUUUUCAGA